CUAUAUACUCACACUACAACUAGCCCUUUGCCUCUUUACAAGCUCAUAUUAUAAACUCUUCUUGUUGAGAUGGCUUCAAAGGUUUUAGCAUCAAGCACCACUCUUCUUUUGGUCUUGAACCUUCUUUUCUUCACAUUGGUCACUUCAAAUACUCCUUGUCCUCCACCACCAAAACCUAAAUCACCAAAAUGCCCGUGCGAAACAACACCAACCCCGAAAACCCCGAAAACUCCGAAAACACCGAAGUCACCUACUCCUAAACCUCCGACCACACCUACUCCUACACCACCAAGUACCCCGACGGCUCCGGCAUCACCAAAAUGCGAUGCUCUAAAAUUGGGUGUCUGCGGUAAUCUUCUAGGAGGUUUGCUUGGUCUUGUCCUCGGAACCCCGGAUAAGGAGCCAUGCUGUAGUCUCCUUCAAGGAGUUGGUGAUCUUGAUGCAGCUCUAUGUCUUUGCACCGCCCUUAAAGCUAAUGUCUUGGGUAUUAACCUCAACAUACCGGUUAAUUUGAGCUUGUUGCUCAACUACUGUGACAAGAAAACCCCCGAGGGCUUCCAAUGUUCUUAAGUUUUUACUUUCGAAAUCUUCUUCUCUGUUUGCCAGUGAUAUGUCUUUUCAUUUAUGUAAUCUUAUGUCAUGUUUUGAAUAAAGGAGGGAGGCACCUCGCCUUCUUUCAGGUCUUCUGUAAGAACAUACCUCGUAUUUGUAUCCUUUUUCAUUCAGUUAACAGAUAAAUGUAAUCUUCUUUCCCGUCUAUCCACUUCAAAUUUCUCCUUG